GAAAGGAUGAGGGUGUAAGGUGCCUCAAGAAGUUCUGCUCAAACUUCUUGAAGGCGCCAACCUUGCUCCUCCUAAGCCAGCUGAUGGAGAGAGGCAGGAGACUGAAGGAUUAUUUCAGACUUCUGUUUCUCAAAUCGGUAUUGGGAUGGACUCCAGCAUCACGGCUUUGAGGCAUCACGGUCUCGCUUUGGUGCAAACAACAGAUUUCUUUUAUCCGUUGGUGGACAACCCAUAUAUGAUGGGUCGUAUAGCAUGCGCUAAUGUACUCAGCGACCUGUACGCCAUGGGGGUGACGGAUUGUGACAACAUGUUGAUGUUACUCGGUGUCAGCCAGAAGAUGACGGACAAGGAGAGAGACACAGUUGUUCCGCUGAUGAUGAGAGGAUUUAGAGACUUGGCUGUUGAAGCUGGCACAAACGUUGCUGGAGGGCAGACAGUUCUAAAUCCCUGGUUAAUCAUCGGAGGAGUGGCGACGUCUGUGUGCCUACCAUCUCAUGAAUUCAUUCUCCCUGACGACGCGACAGCUGGUGAUGUCCUCGUUCUAACCAAACCCCUCGGUACCCAGGUAGCGGUUAAUGCACACCAGUGGCUGGGACAGACAGAGAAGUGGAACCGGAUCAAGUUGGUGGUGACAUCAGAGGAUGUGAAUAAGGCCUACAUGAGAGCAAUGUGUUCUAUGGCAAGACUAAACAGAAUAGCUGCCAGACUCAUGCACAAGUACAAUGCCCAUGGGGCCACCGACAUUACAGGCUUUGGCAUCCUAGGACAUGCACAGAACCUUGCACGCAUACAGAAAAAGAACGUCAACUUCGUAAUCCACAAUUUGCCGAUAAUCUCCAAGAUGGCUGCCGUCAGUAAAGCAUGCGGAAACAUGUUCCACUUAUUACAGGGUCAUUCAGCAGAGACAUCUGGAGGUCUCCUGAUUGCGCUUCCCAGAGAACAGGCCGCAGCAUUUUGCAAGGAUAUCGAGAAAUCGGAACAAUUUCAAUCAUGGAUCAUCGGCAUUGUCGAGAAAGGAACGAGAAUUGCGCGCAUUAUUGAGAAACCACGCGUAAUCGAGGUACCGGCAAAAGACAAAGAAGGAGAACUUUGGUAGUACUAAUUGGACAAUUGUCAAUGACAUUAUUUGCAGUUACAAGGACGCAGCAUUUUCUUUCUGAUUGACACCAUCUAUGGUGCAGAAUUUCUCCCGUGUAUGCACCAGGUAUUGUUUCGUGAAUUGUUGACUUGACCUUGUGCCAAGAUAUUGACUUCGAAUUAGGAAAGUAAUCUGGAGAAAACACUCUAUCUUGUAAUUUUUAGAUAUUCAUUUCGUCGAUUCCUUUGGCAAAUUAGAUUACAUAAUUAUUAGACCUGCCAACGAUUCGAUUGUUAUUGUUAAGAAAUUCAGAUUGAGUCAGAAAAUUUAGAUGUCAAAUAAUGACACUUGUCAAGUCACACUUAAUUUUUUUCACUGACCCUUCUCCUUUACCUCAUUUCUGAUAUAAACCCUUGGUUUGAGGAUAUAUUUAUAACUCGCGUUACACCAAAUUUCACAAUAAAAUCUAAAUUUUCUGACUCAUUUAGGUGCUGCAUUUAGCCUCAGAGCAUUUUCAUCGUGACUUAAGACAAAUUGUGUGAGGAGAUUAUUUUACUUGUACAUAUAAAUUUCAUGACACUUUCCUAAUGUGCCCCGCAAACGUGCAAUUCAAAUCACCGCGACCUGCGGUUUUAUUACUGCUUGUACAACGAAAAAAAUAGCUGCAGGUGGCUGCGAUCACUGAUUCUUGUCACAGGCAUUGCAUGACCACCGCAGACAAGCGUGGCAUGCAAUCAUAAUCGUAGGUCGCAGUAAUAUAAAUUGCUUGUUUGUGGGACACUUGGAAGGUUUCUGUAUGAAUCGUGCUGAGAAGAACAUCAGUAGUUAAAAAUCCUUCGGUUCAAUGCAUGUUCAUUCAACUUUUAACACAUUCCUAUCAAAAGGUUCAUUCCUUACAGCGUAAAAGGACUGAUCACUUAGAGAUUUUUUAAUCUGAUAGUCGCUGUUACAGCCAUCUGUUUUUGAAAACGAAAUUUAAAUUUUCCACACAAGUGCCCAAAGACGUUUAGUAUUUUGAGAAUUGAGCACUCUCGUUUUACUGAAUCUCAUUGUUUAUUUGUGUAAGUUAUUGAUUCCAUGGCAACCAAUGUCUGCCUUUCUUUGCGUAUGAAGUAGUCCAGUAAAAACCAGCGGCGAAGGCCAAUGGCAACUGGACUAUGGAGGUUUCAAAGGUAGUAGACCAUGUUGUUUGUGAAUCAAUGUAUAAAAAAUCAAGAAACAGAUCAUGUAAGAUUGAGAUAAGAAGGUAAUAAAGUUUUUUAAAGAAA